UCUCUCUCUCUCUCUCUCUCUGUAUGGAGAAAAAAUAUGGACUAUGUUGUGGUUUGAGUUGCAAAAAUCUUCUUCUUGUUUGGUGAAUCUCCCUCAGCCAAUCUCCCAAACACACCACCCCCUUUCUCCCUACCUCAUUUAAGCUUUCUCUAUAUCUACAAGUUAGAUUCCCUGCUCCCAUUUCCUCCCCCCACCCAUCAUCCUUCACCUACUCUGCCUGCAACUCCCACAUCUCCUCCUCCAUCCUCCACCCAGCUGUCAGAGAUCAGAGUUCUGCAACUGGUGCCUGGGUGCAGCUCUCUCUCCUUCUGUUUCCCCUUACAUGGUCCUUCCAGGAAGGAAUCAGCAAACACAGGCUGUAGGAGGACAAACAGAAUGAUGGAUGGUAAAGUCCAACACCCAGAUUACCCUGACUUUGUUGAGGUUGAUCCCACCGGAAGAUAUGGCAGGUACAAUGACAUCCUUGGCAAGGGGGCAUCGAAGACAGUUUAUAGGGCUUUCGAUGAGUAUGAAGGGAUUGAGGUUGCCUGGAACCAGGUGAAGCUGUAUGAUUUCCUGCAGAGCCCUGAGAACCUGGAGAGGCUGUACUGUGAGAUCCACCUUCUCAAGACCUUGAAGCACAAGAACAUUAUGAAGUUCUAUACCUCCUGGGUUGACACCUCUGAGGGUAACAUCAAUUUUGUCACUGAGCUGUUCACCUCUGGCACUCUCAGGCAGUAUAGGCAAAAGCAUAGAAGGGUCAAUAUCAGGGCAGUGAAGCACUGGUGUAGGCAGAUUCUUAGCGGCCUUCUCUACCUCCACAGCCAUGACCCCCCUAUCAUCCACAGGGACCUCAAGUGCGACAACAUCUUCAUUAACGGGAAUCAAGGCGAGGUCAAGAUCGGUGAUCUUGGCCUCGCUGCCAUACUCCGGAAAUCACAUGCUAUCCAUUGUGUAGGCACACCGGAAUUUAUGGCUCCGGAGGUUUACGAGGAGGAAUACAAUGAAUUAGUAGACAUAUACUCAUUUGGGAUGUGUGUCUUGGAGAUGGUCACUUUUGAAUACCCGUACAGUGAAUGCACCCACCCCGUGGCAAUAUACAAGAAAGUCAUCUCUGGGACGAAACCCGAAGCAUUGUAUAGAGUGAGGGAUCCUGAGGUUAGGCAAUUUGUUGAAAAAUGCCUUGCCACAGCAUCCAAGAGGCUUUCUGCAAGGGAGCUGCUUGAUGAUCCCUUUUUACGAGUUGAUGAUCUUGGUUCGACUUAUGAUGAUGGACACAUUAGCACUAUGGGUCAUAUUCUGAGGCAACCUUCCCUUGAACUUAUUCAAAGUAACGGGUCCUUGUUUACCAAUGAGUUCUCGAAUAGUUUCCAUAACGAAACAGAAUUGAUGAAUGGUUGGGACUAUGAUGCCGCCAAUGUGCAAGUGCACAGAAAUGAACUAUUCAAUAGCUACAAAGAUGAGCAACCUUCUAAUGUGGACAUUACUAUUAAGGGUAAGAGAAGGGAAGACGGGAACAUCUAUUUGAGGCUAAGGAUUUCAGACAAAGAUGACUGUGUACGAAAUAUAUAUUUUCUCUUUGACGUUGAAGCUGAUACUGCAUUGAGUGUCGCCACAGAGAUGGUAACAGAAUUAGAUAUAAUUGAUUAUGAUGUGACAAGAAUAGCAGAUAUGAUCGAUGAAGAGGUGGCUUCUUUGGUACCAGAGUGGCAGCCAGGUCCAGGAAUAGAAGAAUUUUCAGGAUUUCCUACAACUACCUUCUGCCAGAAUUGUGCCCCCAAUGUUUCAUCAUGUGUUUCACUUCUAGACUAUCACUCGUUGAAAAAUCCAUGCCACGCUAACAUGAAAUCAGUUGACUGCUGCCACUUUGACUGUGCUGAAAUGCAUGGCCGAUUUGAGGAGAUAACAUACCAAGUUGAGGAAACUGAGCUUUGUGUGACUGAGGGAGCACCUAUGCUAUCGACAAGCCAAUCAGAUGGACCUGAUGUUGGCUCUCUAGCAUCAAGGUCUAAUCACUCUGACGAAGAGUGUGAACAAUUGGACCCGACAGUGAAGGAUGAAAAGGUUAUAUACAUGGAUGACUACAAAAGAAGAGACUCGAGUCAAUCUUCGGAUCAAUUAUACUCAGGAUCUCACCAGCAACAGUGUGCUGAUUUACCAGAAUUUAGUCACCAGUUUACAAAAUCCAGUAAACUCGAUCAUUGUGAAAAUGAGAUCAGACAGGACCAGAGAUGGCUCAAGGCAAGGUACCAAAUGGAGCCACAAGAACAAAGCCAUCAACAGUUAGGAGGAUCGGAAAGAGAAUUGCAUCCAUCCCUAGAGUCUGGCAAUGGGGAAAGAAGCAAACAGAAUGGAUUUUCAGGUUCCUCACUUCUUAAACCUUUACAUUUUCCAGAUGAAAAUUUGACGAUGAAGUCCUUCCAUUUGGGGAAACAUAAUUCAUUCCAUAUCCCUCGAAGUGACACAGACAAGGCCACCAUGAUUAAUAUGGUUCCUGCUGAUGUAACUUCAGGGUUUCGCUCGAGAAAAUGCACCAAUUUGGAAUCACCAAGGGAUAGAAAUUGUGAGGUGAACUCCACAGGCUGCACUGAGCUUUUUUUCGCAGCAAAGAACUUUUAUGCUGGAGCCGUCAUGCCAAGUGCUCUCACCAGAACUAAGUCGCUCCCUGUUGAUGCCGUGGAUGCUUAGUAUGUAUCAUUAUUUUUUACAUCCACACUGACAGAUUGUAUAUUACUUAAGCUGAACUUUCAGCUGUUCGCCUGCAACUAUUGUGCAGGAUUGGUGAGCUGAAGUGAAAUGUCCUGUUGUUGUGUAUCCUUUCAUGAGUCCAUGUAACUUUAUUUAUGCGAGAGGACAAUCAAAGAUUGUAAUCUUUAGGAAGGCAUACUGCAAUAUACUAACUUAUGUAACAUCAUAAGAUUUGCCCAGGGGCAUGAGAAACAUUCAACUGAGUUUAUUGAUUCUGUUCA